AUGGGGCGUUGGAUGAAACCAGAGAUCUACCCACUGUUGGCUGCAAUGACCUGCGUUACAAGUUUGUGCAUCUUUCAGCUUACAAGGAACGUUUUACAGAACCCUGAUGUCAGAAUCAACAAAGCAAACCGUGGCAUGGGAGUGCUAGAAAACAAAGAGGAAGGGGAGAGGUAUGCAGAACAUGGCCUGCGCAGAUUCUUGAGAACUCGCCCACCUGAAGUCAUGCCUGCUAUCAACCACUUCUUUACUGAAGAUAAAUAA